AACCAAAAGAAACUAUCAAACAGAUUCUUGAUCUGUAUAUAGUUGAUCUGGAAAACUCACUUCGUGAAUUAAUUACAUUAUCUGACAGUGUCCCGAAUGAGAUUGUAAAUUGUGAAGAGGAAGUUAAACAAUUGAUAAAAAAUCUGGAAUAUAUAUACAACUUAAUCAAUGAUAUUAAUCAAUAUCCAGAACCCCUAAAAAUAUUAACAUUUUCAACUGCAGUAGGAACAGCUA